UUAUCGAGUGUUGGAAAGGGCUGCGGACGCUUACGAUUUGCAAAACAGAAAAUUACGACAAAAAGUAGCGCCCCGCGAAUAAAAAGGCCAUGAACUCGGCAACCAAGGUAGGGGAGAUCUUCACGGCCGCCGGACAGGCGUUCAGCAGACUGGGCGAUUUAACGAUGCAGCUGCAUCCGAAUGCGGAAUCGCCAUCCGGGAAGUGGACGGACGAGGAGAUCGACAUGCUGCACUCGUCCAUCAUGCGCUUCUCCGACGACCUGACCAAGAUCAGUCUGAGCAUCAAGAACCGCACCGUCUCCCAGAUCCGCCAGGCGCUCAAGAAGAAGGCCUUCGAGGACGCCGGCAUUCCCGCCAAGCAAGUGCCCGUCCAGCAGGUGCAGCAAGUCCUCCAGACGCAGCUGCCCCCUCAGCAGCAGACUCCUCCUCAAGUAUUCAAGUCACAGCCCAUCGUUCAGCACGUGCAGCUGGUGGCGCAGCCCAAGCAGAUCAUCCUGCAUCCACAGACCACCGCCACGACGGGCACGACGGUCACCGUGAAGCAGUACCAGCAGAUGCAGAAGGCGGCGGCACUGGCGGCGGCCCAGGCAGCGGCGGCCAACAACACGCCCACCAUCACCGAGAACAUCAUCAUCCAGCAGCCGACCUCCAACGCAGCCACUGUGGUGUCCACCUGCUCGUCGUCGGUGGCGCAGAUUGUAGUGCCAACUGUCUCGCCCACAGUGGUAAUCCCCGACGAUGUGGUGAGCACCUCCAAUCCUCCAGCAACGACGACAACGACAACGACGGCAGCGGCGGCUGAGGCGCCAGCGGGCUUGAAGUGCGGACCCGAUGUCUCCAUGACCCUCAACCGCAUCAACGUGCAGGAGAACGAGGUGGACGUGGAGGAGUGCCUGCCGGCGGAGGUGGUCAAGCUGGAUUUCGUCAGCGAGGAGGUGGCCGGGUGAGGACUGGACUUCUGGACUUCCGCCUAACGAACGAAUCACGUAACUUCGGAACAGAAUCGCUACAAAUCUAGAUCGAGAACCCUUAAACAAAACCUAGCCCUAAGCCUAAGCUGUUAAGUGUUGUCAUAUUUGAUAUACCUUGAAAUCACCUUGCUCCCGGGCCCCCGAAAGACAAAUGGAUUGUGCGAA